AUGUCAAUCACUGGGUUUUCUUGUCUGGACCCAAUUAUUUUUCUGCGGAGCUAUAUUCCAGGUAUAUCCUUGCCGGAACUGUUUGAGUAUGGACUAGGCAAACCAGGACAGGAGCAAGAGAAAUGGACACAUCCACCAGGGCAGGAGCGAAAGAAAUUGACACAACCACCUAGGCAGGAGCGAAAGAAAUGGACACAACCACCUAGGCAGGAGCGAAAGAAAUGGACACAACCACCAGGGCAGGAGCGAAAGAAAUGGACACAAACACCAGGGCAGGAGCGAAAGAAAUGGAAGCAACCAUCUAGGCAAGAGCGAAAGAAAUGGACACAACCACCAGGGCAGGAGCGAAAGAAAUGGACACAAACACCAGGGCAGGAGCGAAAGAAAUGGAUACAACCACCAGGACAGGAGCGAAAGAAAUGGACACAACCACCUAGGCAGGAGCGAAAUAAAUGGACACAACCACCAGGGCAGGAGCGAAAGAAAUGGACACAGCCACCUGGGCAGGAGCGAAAGAAAUGGAUACAACCACCUGGGCAGGAGCGAAAGAAAUGGACACAACCACCUAGGCAGGAGCGAAAGAAAUGGACUCAACCACCUAGGCAGGAGCGAAAGAAAUGGACACAAACACCAGGGCAGGAGCGAAAGAAAUGGCCAUAUCCACAAGGGCAGGAGCGAAAGAAAUGGACACAUCCACCAGGGCAUGAUAGGCUCAAUCAGCCACAGCGUCUACCACACAGAUAA